CGCCUCUGGAACAUCAUUGUUCAGGUUAAAUUUUUUUUAAAAAAAUCUGCUGGCAACUGCAUUAAAUGCUCCAACAGCCACUUUUUUCAAAUUUUUGAAUGUUGGAGACCAAAUCCUAUAUAUAUUUGGCCUCCUACUCACCUUUUUCUCACAUCUAAACACAAUCCCCUUCAUUCCCCUCGCUUAAUUCAUCUUCUCUACAACUUUUUCUUGAGAAUUCUUCAUCACCAUGGGCAAAGACAAGAGCAGGGCAGGAACUUCCGGGAAAUCCAAGUCCAAAUCCCGGGCUCCUUCGACGACCUCCGAGGAAUGCCUCUACUACGGCGACGGGUCGUAUCUCUGGUUCGACUCCGAGGAGGAGCGCACCCGAUUUCUCACCUUCUUCUCUAAGCGGGUUGUGGCUCCCCCGUGGAUUGUCCCGGAGCGCUUCCCGGAGUUGCAGGGCUACAACUUCCUCGACGGGCAGCUUCACCAAACCGGCCUAUGGCCGUUAGUCUCCCGGGCUCGAAAGGAUAUCAACCCGGCGCUGAUUCGGGUGUUCUACUCCAACCUCCGGCGUGAGGACAACGUGCUCUACUCCCUUGUCAAGAGCACGCCGAUCGAGCUCACCGUUGAGCAGCUUGGGCGGAUCGCCAGCCUUCCCUACAAAGGCGAUGACAUCUCCACUUAUGGUGGAGAAGACUGGGUGCUCAAUAACGAGGGCCUUGUCCUCGACGAGCUUCGCAUCACCGAGCUCAUCCGCCAUCCCACGGGCCGCCCGACCAUCCACUCCGCAACCCCCAAGUGGCGUCUCCUCCUCUACAUCGUGUCCCGGAUCAUCAAGCCCCGGAAGCAUGGGCACACGAUCAUGUCCGGUGAGGACCUCAUGCACUCGGCGCCGAUCAAUUGGGCGAAGUUUGUCAUGAUCUACAUGACGAUUGCCGCAUCCACCGACCACGAUCACCUCUUCCCGUAUCCCUUCUUGGUGAUGGACAUCCUUGAACGGUUCAAGGUCACCACCACCGUUGGCCCGCUCACGAAGGCCACGAAGCUUUGUACGAUCAGCGCCCAAACCUUCUGUUGAGGACCCGUCGUAAGGUCCAAAAAUAAAUUAAAAAUUUAUAAAAUAUCCUUUGCUAACCCCCAAGGUAUAAUCAAACAAAAACUAUAGCUAGGG